AUGUCAGACUCAUUAGAGUUUGUCUCAGCAUUCCGGGACAAUAAUGAAGAAAUUUAUGAUUUGGUGUGUCGCGGCGUGUAUCAUCAUGACGAGCACAAAAUCCGUUCAGCACUAAAUGAUGAGGUCAUCAAAAGCAAACUAACAAAUCUUCUUGAUUUCUACCGCUAUCCUAAUGACCAAUCAGCUCGAAAGCUAGAAAGCGAACUUAAAUGGGCUGGGACACAACCUCUUUCCGCCACAAUGAAGAACUUUUUAAACCAGCUUUCCUUAAAGCUUAAUUUAAACCAGGAGCAGACAUUCCGAUUAGCAGAAUUAUUUUUCAUUAACCAUCACUCAAUUUUUGAGCGAGUCAAGUCUCAAGAAACUGAACUCGUCCAAAAGGAGCUUGGGAAUUUGUUCAGGCCGAUCAUUUCUCUUUACUAUAAAGAAAGAAUUUACCUUAUCAGGACAAUGACACAGAUUGUUAUGAAUACCACAAUUGAAGGACACCCAGGACAAGCUGUUUGUCUUGAAUUUUUAUCUGAGCUUAAAAUGACGAAGAAAUUGGAAGAUUUGAUAUGAAAUCAAUAUAAAGCGGUAUGCAAAAAAGAAAUCCCAAGCCAGGUGUAUGCGCCACUAGAGAGAGAAGAGUGGUUUUUGCAGAUUUUGCAUGAGGAAAAAGAACUGUUGGAGCUUUUGAUUUCGAUUAAUUAUGCUUUUGCGCAUUGCUCGGCUGCACAGAUUUUGGGGUAUGCUGAGCUUUAUGUGGAGCAGGAUUUUAGAGGGAGUUAUAAAGCAAUUCUAGCUGAUAGCCACCUUAUGGAGUAUCGGUCAAAGCAUCACGAGUUUGUACAGCAGAUCAGCGAUCUGAGCCUUUUUCAUUUGCUUUCUUCUAUAAGAUUAGACAUUUUUGCUGAGCAGCAGACUAUUCCUGACUUCCCCCAUUAAUAAUUAAAUUCUUACUUAUUUGCUGUUUUAAGACAAAUUUCAAAAUAGUAAAUUUUAAACGAAUAGAUCGAAUUUACUAAUUAUUGGGGAGUUUUCAGACAAAAUGCAAAUCUUAGGCAUUUACCCCCCAAUAAUAAGCAAAUCGAUCUAUUCCUUUAAAAUUUACUAUUUGAAAAUUUACAGUUAAAACUCAGUAAAUAAUGAAGAAUUAUUACUGGGGGAGUGAGUUCAAUCCUAACAAAAAUCCUUUUAAUUUAUUAGCAAAUCAAGCUGAAUUAAAAAGCAUCCAUGAUUUCUUAAUUGGAUUGUCAGAUCGGAUAGACCGCAUACCUGAUCAUAUAUCUCCGUUUAUGCUAGCAUGAUGGUGUUUGAUUGCAUGGGGGAGGCUUUUCCCAGAGCAAUACGUAAAUACCUCAGCUUUAGACAUAGAUUCACUUGCAGAGCUGAUCAUGAAAUUUGAUAUAUUGAAUUUCCUUAACGUUAUCACAAAAAGAUCUCCCUUCACAGGACCUCAGACUGAGCUUUCUUGUGCAUUAAAAUAUAUCAUGCUAAAUUUUGUAUCAUCUAUCAGUGCAUCGCAAGCCUUAUCAGAAAAAAGAAGUAAAGAUCUAUUAGUCCAAGUUACAUGUGCUUGCUUACUCUUCUCCUCCAUGAGCGGGCAAAAAUUAUUUAUAGAAAUUGCCCGAGGAUGGCGCUAUUUUGCGCCAUCCUCGGGCAAUUCAAAAAAAGGCCCCACACGGGAAUUGAACCCACGUGUGGGGCCAUUUUUGGUAUGUGGAGAAUAUUGACUUCCACGCACCAAAAAUGGCCCAUACGUGGGUUCAAUUCCAGUGUGGGAUCUGUUUUUUGAAUUGCCCGAGGAUGGCGCAAAAUAGCGCCAUCCUCGGGCAAUUUCUAUACUUAUUACGGAGGGCUAUUAGUUUUUUUUAAAUUUAUAUAGCUUUUUUUUAAACCAAUUCUCAACAAUAAGAAUAAAAUAAUUUAUUUUUAAAUUAAUAGAAUUAGGUAGAGAUCGCAUUAGAAUAAUUAUCAAUUAUAUCUUAUAAAAAAUUCUAUAAAUUUUUGGCUAAAUUUCUUAUGGACGUUAUAUACGCGCCAUUUUCAUGUGAAAUUUCAAAUUAUGAAUUUACCGCACUAAAAUCUGCGUUUUGAAAACGUAUAUUUGGUUUUCACAUAUCAAAUUCAAAAUGACAUGCAUAUGCAUGAUAAGAAAUAAAUGCAACGCAUUAUAUAUACAAUUAUUUUUUACUUGAGAAGGGAACCUAAAAAUAGGAAUUUUAUGAUUAAUUUGGUCACCCACAAGCAGGGGGGCUAGAAAAAGAAGGAUGCCAUGAAGCUUUAAACCAUUUUUGGAGAGAACAUUUUCCUAAUAAAAAUGGACUUUACUCAAUCCUUGCUGAUUUAAGCGCAGUGUAUCCCCAUGACCCUGAAGGCUUUUUACAAUUUGUAAGCAUUUUGGUUGGGGAUAGCAGUAAUUCAUACGCUGAAGAAGUUGUGCAUUAUUUAGACAAUCUAGAAACCUUUACAUAUCCAAGCUUUGAAGAAAAUAUUGCUUAUGUCAGCGGAGCAGAUCCAAGAGAAAGACGUGUUGUAGCUUCAGUUUCCAUGAAAAGUCAAGUAAUAGAGAUCCCACAAGGAACUACAGGGUAUAUCACUGCUGAAAGAGUCUCUUCUAAUGCUGUCAUUGUAAGAUGGGAAAUUAGGUAUUCUCUGUGGCCUGUUUUAUUUAUGUAUUGGGAAGACAUGCUUAAUAACCUAAAGCAUGGAAACCAAGUAUCAAACGCUGAAAAUAUCUUGAACCAAUACAUGAACCUGCUUUGCCACAUAAUUAUCCUUCAACCUAAUAUUGGCCCUAUUCUCGAAAGACUCGGCCUCAGAGAGCCUGCAAAUAACCCAAGUGACGUAAAAGUUACCGAUAAACAAAAAGGAACCCCUAACCUCGAACUCUGCAGACUUCUGCUUGAUACUUUUAUAGAGCUUGCCAAGCUAGCCCUGCCUCCACUCGAGACUUUGUCACUUAUUAUUGAUGCAAUAAAAGCAGAACUUAAUUUUGAAAGGCAAAAAUCUGAAAACUCCUCAAUGAUUUUAGCUUUGAAACAGAUUUCAGAGGAUAGGUAUGGAAUGAUCAAUAUUUAUACACACCCACUAUUUAUGAAUAUUAACAAGCUUCAGAUGACAGAAAGAGAAGCUGGAAACUAUGAGACCAGUAUAUCAUUGCUAGACCUUUGUGUUGAUAUUAUUUCUGAUAACAGCUUUAUAGUCCAAUUCCCAGUCGACUCCUCAGGGCUUCUUGGAGAAAUCUUAAAAUUUGUGAUCAGUGAAGUUCUCCCUGAAUGCAUGAACUGGCCAAUUUCUUACAAAUGGAGAGCAGCCAAGCUUGGUUUCGACUUUUUGACAGUCUUGUUUAAAAAAUACAAUAAAUUUUCUUUCCCACAAGGUGUAGCUAUGAGCUUGAACCUACAAUAUCUAGAUUUGAUCACAAAUCAGCUUAAUAAAAUCGAUAUAGUCGAAUUCCUAGCAAACUCGCUGCAAGUUAUAAUGAUUCGGUCAGAACUAAAUGAACUGAACUUUGUAAACCUGCAUUGAAUACGGUCAGAAAAAGAAAACAACGACCCAGAAGAACUACGAGCCAUUAAAAGCAUGAUUUUUUCAGCACUAAACACUUUAGAUGAAAUUGCUAGCUUAGCUUUAUACUCUGAAAAAAUUGGAAAAGAGUACAGUUUAGAUCACGUUCAAGCUAUUAAAGAUGUCCGGAGCCUUUUAACACAAAAUUUAGGGGACGAAGAAACUUUGCCACUGGUGACUGCUUUGUUGAGCUAUGUGAAUUUUCAAUUUUCCAGAAAUUUCUUGGAUGAUGAAGAGCCUUUAUCAGUACCUUCUUUGAGUGUUCUUUCCAAGGUAGUUAUAUAUUGGUCUUUGCUAUCUCAAAAACCAACCUUAGAGCACUUUUUGACUGGUAGUUAUCAACAAAUAAAGGCAGAUUUCAUAAAAUAUUUUUGGAGCAGCUUUAGCAUGGACCAAAGCAGCGAUUUAUCAAAUCGUCAGAAAGCUCAAGCAGGGAAAGCUUUUCUUGAGUUUAUAAUUAUUUGUUUCCCUCUCCAAAAGUCAUUUGUCACUUCAGCUUGUUCAAGAAACGAUAUUUCAGUUGAGCUAAGAAGUGUAUUAGUUUCAUUUGCAGAAUUCUCUAGAGAAAAUGUGAAUGAAACCACAAUGGAGCUGCUUUUCCAUUACAUUACAUUUUAUGAAGAAAUUAUUAAUAAUCAUUCUCUUUUCCCAGGCAUAUACAAUUCUAUAUUCCAAGAACAAGGGCUAUUGUCAAUAUGCUUUGAUGCCAUUACCAACGUGUUCCAAAACAUUAAAGAUCCCCAGAAAUUUGAAGGCUGUCUGGUCUUGCACUGUUUUUCAUCAGUCAUGUCGAUUCUUCUGCACAAUUCAAAUAAAAACAGCGCUGAUAAAGAGCAUGCAAUUAAAGAAAUGUUUAAAGAAGAAAUCCUAGGCCACUUAUUAAGGCUAUUAUCUAAAUGCAUUGCAAACCCAUCAACUUCUUCUAAAAUGCUUGAAGUAGAAGAAUGGCUGCAGAAUUCAGGAAUUUCAGCUAAUAUAACUGAUUAUGCAAUUUUGCAGCUGCACAAUAAGGCUUAUUGGAGAUUAUUUGACUGCAAUCCAAACCAAUAUGGAGAAAUUCACUAUUAUAUUGACCUAGACAAGCUUUCAUUAAUUUUAAAGACACUAGGCGUUAACUAUGAAUUAAUACAAAAAAUUGAAGAAGUGGGGAGAAAAAUCAACGCUGAAAAAUCACUAUUAGAUUCUCAAUUUUCUGCACUAAUAAAAUUUAAGCAGCUUUUUGCAUUUCUAGUAGGCUAUGGAAAUUCAAAUAAACCUUUAGCACUAUUAGACCAAACAAUUUCUUUAGAAAACAAAACUCUAGUAAUUGCUCCAGCAAAAUCUGUAAUAGAAAGCCACACACGGGCUUUUGAGAUUUUGGCUAAAGUUUCUGAUCCAUUGUGGGCUGAAAUCACAAAAGAAGCGAACUCAAGAAAUGAAUUUGUCCUGAAAUGCAUUGAAGAAAAAUACGAAAUCAUAAUGUACGCGUUUAACUUGGCAAUUCAUAUUUAUCAGUCUAGACAAGAAUACUCACAGUCGUCUACUUCAAGUCAAAAAGCAAUGGAAUAUGAAGUGACUGCACGAGAAGAGUUUCACCGCAUUUCUAACAAAAUUAUGACAGAAUUUGCCCAGUACUUUGAAAGAUUGCAAGUUCCGAGUGUUGGAGCUUUCAGCCUGGUGCUCGUUGUGUUUGGGUAUUUUAUAAAAGCAAGAACUGAAGGGCUAGAAUCAAGAGCUGAACAGUUUACUUUGGCAAUAAUCCCUAGACUUGCAAGAUUUUUGAACUCAGAUUCUCAGUUCUUCGCAUUACUUGUAACUAUUUUUGAAGAGUCCUUAUUUUUCUUACAAACACAAGAAGUCAUAAAUAUUUACAAAUCCCUUCCUUGUAUCAGAAUUAUGCUAGAAAAAAUAAGCUCACCUAAAUGCACUGAUCAAGAAUUUUUAUCAGUCAUUAAAUUCUCUUUUGCUUUUGCUAGAACAGUCCAAGGCGCACGUUUCCUCUUAUCUGAAAGGAUUUUCAGCAAUCUUGCAUCAGCAUCUCAGCUUAAAGUAAAAACAGAGUACCAAAACAGGUUUAGAGAUCCUCAGCAUAUUUUAUGGUGCUGGGUGCUGAUGCUGCUAAAUGAAAUGCACGAUAUUCUUUCAUAAUUUAAAUAUGGCGUCUCAACUUGGGCUUGGCCUCUCGGCCAAGCAGUCUCGAGCCCCCUAUUUAAAUUAUAUCUGGCAAGGUUUUGCCAUUCUAGAAAUGGACAGCAAUGCUAGGUAAGCAAUUCUGGUUGUGUACAGAGCCUAGCCUUAGCCUAUUUUCUGGGAUGGAUUUUACUUCACAGGUGAAGGAGGCAAGGAAGUUGGAAAGGGAACGCCCAGCUAAGCCUUUAUGGCCCAUCGGGCAAUUUCCCAGCGUGAAACCAGGGGUUACGUCCUGGGCUACUUGUUUUCCUUUUUGCCGAUAACCUACCAGAAAAUCCAUUUUUUUGGGGUUUUCGGAAUGGCAACUGCGUCAAGGCCUGGCCAGUAACUCACUCAUGAGUCGUCGAAGUCGGUAACACCCCUCCAAGCUUGCCCUGGUGAACAAAGCAGGCUGGCUCAGCGGCCUGUGGGCCUGACAGGUGGAAGUGAAGGUGAUAGGUCUGGUCUUGCUGACCUCCAUGGUGGACGUUAAGCGUAAUAAUUCUAAUGUAAUGCACGAUAUUCUUUCUGAUGACCCUGCAUUUCUGUCUCAGCUUUAUAAUUUCAUAUCAGGGUUUUCUGAUCGAUUCCAAAAAAUCUUAAGUUUUAAUCUUUCAACUGAAGGAAAAUAUGGAAGACAAAUUGUCGCCCACAAACAAUUCUCGUUAGGAUAUUUAGAAGAGCUUGAUUUGAUGACUUCUCUUAUAAAGAAGUUUAUUGAUAACUAUAAAUACUGGAAAGCAAGCCAUAAAGAAAUGAUUGAGUCAUGGGUAAUAUUGAUAGCUCAGCAGGCAUUAAGAAUUUAUUCAACAAGUAUAGAUAUUCCUCAUACUUUUCCACCGGUUUCUGAGCAUGAAGUCAAAAUGUCAAAUAAAACAGUCCCUGAUCAGACCAUUGAGGAAAGAAAACAAAGAAAUUACGCUUGGAUGCAGGAAACCCCAAGAAGGUCGAUUUUAGAAGGCUUUCCGAAUAGGUAUAGAGAAGAAGCAAUAAAAGCGCCUACAAAAAUACAGCCUUCUGUUUUUGCUUAUAGAGUAGAGGCUGUUUUGUUAAGUUGCCUUACAAAUAUCAUGUCCUCUUUAAUUGGGAUUAUUCAAAUAUCAAGGUCUUCACCUUUCUUAGAUCCAUUGUUGCUGCUUGAUGUUGGCAAGUUUUCCAUGCUGAUUUAUAAUAAACUUAACCAAGAUCAAAAAUAUUACAAAAAUCUUGAAAAAAUAUCAAAUGAGGAAUACCAAAGUGCUGAGAAUUCACUUUUGUAUGGGUCUUUAAACCACACAUAUCAAAUUGAUACACAAAAGUUAUGUGAAAUCGCCCAGGGGGUGUUUGAGAUGGCUUUUUACUUAAUUUCUAAAUCUGAUCUGGGAUCCAUAUCGGAUAUCAAGUCAGAAGCAAGCUAUAUUUUGAAGGAGUGGAAACAAAAUACGAGCACAGGAAUUUUUGGAGGGGAAAAUAAUGACCAGUUUCUGACAUGGCUAAUAGAACAGUUCUAA